AUGAAAAAAACGCUACUCCAACUACCCCUCUCUCUCUCCCCUGUUCUUCCUCAUUCAUCCACCAUAACUGCAUCAUUCAAUCACCCAAAAGCUUCAGAAUUUCGUGUUCUUAGGUUCACGCAUCGUGUAAGCUCUAUCUACUACAGAGAACCAUCCUUACAAGCUAUGCAAGACCUAAAAUUGACGUGCCUUCAGUGCUUCUUACAACAACGUAACAAUGCCGCAUAUACCUUGGAGCAUUACAUUAACAAGAUACACGUAUGGGAAGAGGAAAUUCGCGAAUGUUACUCACAAAAAAUAAGUAUUCCUAGCAAUGAAUUCAUUGAAAUGAUAUUGGUUAAUGUUAUAUUUAUCAUUUACCUAUUUAUGCUGUCGAGUUCUCAUUUUUGUUAAUUUUUGUUAGAAGAUGAUCAUACAGGCAACAAGGUAGUAGGACUGUUGUUCUAUUUGGAAAGAGACUUGUACUUACAAGAGAACCAACUCCCUUUCUUUGUUCUGCAAACUCUAUACGACAAAGCAUUUGGUACAUCUUACCCCAAUAGCACAUUCAUUGAGGUCGCUAGUAUUGUUAUAAACAAUGGUUUGUUUCCUGGAAGAGAGCCUUCAGCUACAACUGUUCAUGACAAAAUAACAAGUGUUCCAAAAAUCAACCAUUUCGUCGAUAUGUUGAGGAUCUGUUGUUUACCUUCCAACCUCCGAAGACAAGUUCUGCUUGAUUUGUGCAGACUGGUUGCUCUUCUGUUGUUAUGGUGGUGUUGUUGGUUGUUUAUUGCAACUUAUGUGUCUGUUGAAGAUGAUCAUACAGGCAACAAGGUAGUAGGACUGUUGUUCUAUUUGGAAAGAGAAUUGUACUUACAAGAGAACCAACUCCCUUUCUUUGUUCUGCAAACUCUAUACGACAAAGCAUUUGGUACAUCUUACCCCAAUAGCACAUUCAUUGAGGUCGCUAGUAUUGUUAUAAACAAUGGUUUGUUUCCUGGAAGAGAGCCUUCAGCUACAACUGUUCAUGACAAAAUAACAAGUGUUCCAAAAAUCAACCAUUUCGUCGAUAUGUUGAGGAUCUGUUGUUUACCUUCCAACCUCCGAAGACAAGUUCUGCUUGAUUUGUGCAGACUGGUAGCUCUGUAA